AGAUCUUUGAUGAGUCGAACAACGUGACUUGUAAAAAGUGUGUGGUGGUGGGUAAUGGAGGAGUUUUGAAGAAUAAGAAGUUAAGAGAAACUAUCGACUCGUAUGAUGUUGUCAUAAGAAUGAAUAAUGGUCCUGUUUUAGGACAUGAAGAGGAAGUUGGGACACGCACAACCUUCCGACUUUUUUAUCCAGAAUCUGUUUUUACAGAUAGCAGUCAUAAUGAUCCUAACACAAUAGCCAUUUUUGUUGCUUUUAAGAAAAAUGAUUUGGACUGGAUGCUGAAAUUGCUGGUCAAUGGUCGUAUAUUCCUCAAGAAUUUUUGGAAGAAACCAGCCUUAAAGUUGAUCUAUAAACCACAUCAAAUCAGAAUAUUAGAUCCUUUCCUUAUCAGGACAACAGCUUAUGAACUGCUUCAUUUUCGAAAAAAUCUUCCCAAAUUUAAGAAACAAAAACACCCAACAAUGGGAAUAAUUGCCAUUGUAUUGGCAUUUCACAUCUGUCAUGAAGUUCACAUAGCUGGUUUUAAAUACAACUUUUCUGACCUCAUGAGCCCUUUGCACUACUAUGGGAAUGCCACUAUGUCUUCAAUGAAGAAGAACACAAAUCACAAUGUGGCUGCAGAACAAGUCUUUUUGAACUACAUUACAGAAAAAAACUUUGUCAUUAACUUGACUGAAGAUUGA